AUACAGAUAGACUGAACACGACGACAAUCAGCAAAAUACAUUUCCAUUCUUCUAUCAAACAUCUGACAUCAGCAAGCCGCCAAAAUGUCGCAGCCGUACCCCAUCUCCCUCUCCUCUCUCAGCCCGCGUGAAGCCAUCACCGACGCCCUGUACCGAGCCGCCAUUGGCAGCGAUCACCACGACACGGCGCUCUUCAACUCUGCAUGGGCCGGCGAAGACGUUUCCAUGGAAAUCCACGACGACAACAAGAGAGUCAUCCCGAACCUCUCCCUGAUCCGCACCCAUGUUUUCGACAAAGUUGGCCCUAUGGAUACCACACACAACAUCAGCAUGGUCCGCGUGCAUGUCGAGGAUGGCGCCGACACUGCGACUCUCACUGCUACGUCGAUGGCACAGCAUAGUCCUCCCGGCACGGGCAGGGAUCCGGCCGGGCCCAAGUACACUGUGGGCGGCGAGUAUUCGGUUGAGCUUGUCAAGGAUGAAGCGGGUGUGUGGAAGAUCAAGAGGUUGGUGUUGAAUGUUAUCUGGACUCUAGGAGAUGCCUCAUUGAUGGGCGGCCCUCCAAAAUAGACAUUGCUACCUAGGCAGAGGGCAGAUGUUUCGGGAAGCGCACAUGGUUUCUUUUUGCCUGUCUUGUCCUCGCGAAAUUACCCAUCCGAAAGAAGCAGCUCUAGCAGCGUUAUCUAAUGCAAGAAAUUGCUCACACAUAUAACGCGGCCAAUACUCUUCCUUUCGCCGUGGUAGACAUGUCAUG